AUGCUUGUGCAUGGGAUCUGCUGCUCUGCGCACCGACCCACCUCGCCAGCCCAGCCUCUGGUGUCAGAGAAAAGGGACAGUGUUCAGAGUCACGACUCCGGGUUGCCCCUGCCCCCACCCCCACGGAGAGCUACUGGACCUAUUCCCCCCACAACCCCCACAGCCCCAUCAGGACACCCAGAUAGGGCUGGAGCAAGGACCUGGGCCUCCUCAUCUCCCUGCUCUGCGAGUGUUACUCUGUGUCCUAAGGGAAGAGCUGACACCGCACCUCCCUGUUCCCAGGAAGUCUACCGUCUGGACCGCCCUUCCUCACCCCGCGCCGUGGGCCACCCCUGCCACUUGGACCAAAGGCAGAGUUCUGUCCCUCUGUAUGUGGUCAGCGUGGACGGGAGUGGCUUCCAGAGCCUGCCCAGGCCAGGCCGUGAACUACUGCACCUGCUCGGCCCGCCUCUCAGGGACCCCAGGCUCCCCAGCCAGGAUGCAGGAAAAUUGAGGGGAACACCUCUGAGCACCCCUUCAUUGCCGAGCCUCAACUCCACACACCUCGGAAAUACGUCACCCCCAGAGCCUGGCAUCCGAAACCCUACCGUCUGCCUCCAAACCAAUGAUACCCUGGCCUUCCUGGUGACCCAUGAGCAUUAUCCCAACUAUGACCUGGGCCACUUCUAUAACACACCUGGGGCAUUUGACUGGGGGCGCUUCCGGGCCCUGGCUGAGGAGUCCCAGCUCCAAGGUCAAAGCCCGCACCUCUUCCUGCAGCAGUUCCAGCAGCCUGGCGUCUAUGUCUUUCAUCUGAACAGCAAUCGGCAUCGGAAGAUGUAUGUUCGCACGCUUCCGCCAGGGGGCCAGUGUUUUGGGGAAGGACCCUUUGUCCCCACGACUCCGGGGUAUCUCAUCCAAACUGGCAUCGCCAAGAUCCCCAAGCCCCUGAAGAGGUCCGACUGGCCAGGAGUCCUGGGGGAGAUUGUCCUGCUCCUGGGGCUCUGCCUGCUUCUGUUGAUUCAGUGUCACAGCCUGAGCUGGGCCCGGAAGGCGGCUCCCCAACCCACCUUCAGGAAGCAUCAGCAGGGCUACAACCUAGACGCCUACGCCUCCCCAAGCACUCAGAUAACAUCCAUUAGGAGAGGCCGACCACACCAAGACUCAGACACCCUCAGGGUUAAGGGAGGUCAUGGUGAGUGACGGGCUUUGGGCUGGAAUCUCAGAGGUGCCCCCAAAUCCAACUGGCCAGCUCAAGCUUCCUUGCUCAUCCUCUUAGAUGAAUUAUUAUUCCACUUCUCUUCACUCACUCAUUCAUUCACUCAGUAAAUGUUGAUUGAGUAGCCACUGUGUGCCAGACAUGGCCAGAUUCUAGGAGCACACAGCAUAGAAUAAGACAGAGACAUCUAAAUACAAACUUUCCUGUUGUAACACAGUGGGUUAAGAAUUUAACGGCAGCAUAGAG